UUCUUAUUUAAAACAUCUUUCUAGCCGAUGAAUUAGCUUGUUACCAGCUGACUUUCACGUUGAGGUGGUGUUAAUUUUUUCCAGCUUAGCCUGUCCACCGUCAAUCUUCACUUCCCACACCCUUCCCUACCCGUCGUUCGGUUCUUUCCGAUCACACUGUCCCUCCAAGGCGCAGAUGCACUCCCCUUCCCCCCUUUAAUUUCCGACCGGAUUUCACCAUCGACAGAAACUGUGUCACGCCCACAUCGGCGCCGUCUCCCUCCCUUCUGUCGGAAAAGGACUACACCUGGUCGUGCGAACAAAGGGAUAGAUUUUUAGGGAGAUGGGAUAUGAAUCUGGUAGCGCAUCACAUGAUGACCGUGAUGAAGAUGAUGAUGAUGAGUAUGAGGAUGCUGGUGGUGACAACCGUCUUCUGGGAUUUAUGUUUGGAAAUGUUGAUUACUCUGGAGAUCUUGAUGUUGAUUACCUUGAUGAGGAUGCGAAGGAGCAUCUUGCUGCAUUGGCUGACAAGCUUGGUCCAUCCCUGACAGAUAUUGAUUUGUCGGUGAAAUCGCCUCAAUCACAUCCAGAUGCUGCUGAACAAGGUGAUGAUGUUGUGUGCCAGGGAAUGCUAACUCAUGCAGUUUUUUGUUUUCAUUUGAUUAUGAUGGCAAGGCGGAGGAUGCAGUGGACUAUGAAGAUAUUGAUGAGCAAUAUGAAGGCCCUGAAGUUCAAAAUGCCACUGAGGAGGACCUUUUAUUGCCAAAGAAGGAUUAUUUCUCUAAGCAAAAUUUAACAACUACUUUUGACUAUACAGCCUCUGUUUUUGAUGAUGAAAACUACGAUGAGGAUGAUAUAGAAGAGGACAAAGAGGAAGAUGGGGUUGAGAACAUUUAUGAAGCCCGACAAUAUCCUGAAACAGAUCUUUCAGGGAAAUGUAACCCUGAUUUAAAAUCAGCAUCCGAAGGGGACGAUGUUCCUAAAGAUGUCAUACCCUCAUAUUCUGAAGAGCCUGCAAAAGAUGCCCAGCCCUUGGAUUCUCCUGAAUAUGUAGAUGUUUCUGAUUUUCAGGAGUCUGAUGCUUUUGAAGAGCCAUCUGAUGCUAAAAGGUCUACGCCACUACCUAUUCUUUGUAUAGAGGAUGGACUGCCUAUCCUACGAUUUUCUGAAAUAUUUGGCAUUCAUGAACAUCGAAAGAAGACCGAGAAGAAGGAACACCGUUACUCUGUUGCCAAAGAAAAGUACAACUUGGAUAGUUCCAAAGUUCUUGAAGAAGAUGAAGAGAAUAUUUUCAGAGGCUCGUAUAAUGACUUUCCUUGGCUGAGAGUGUCACGUAUAACCAAAGAAAGCAUUGCUAUAGAUGAUGAGUCGGGAUCAUUUCAGGAGACUGGCAGAAUAGCUGCAAAAGGCGAUGAUAUGAAGAAAGACUCUUGUUAUGGAUCUGAACCAAUGAAGCUGAAUGUCCCACACAAUAUUUCUGCUGAGUGGAACUCACUCUCUUGCCCCAAGUUCUGUCCUCUUGAUCAACAAGAUUGGGAGGAUAGAAUUAUUUGGGAAAACUCUCCAGUUUCCAGUGCUGAGGUGGCAGAGAGUAUUGAGACUGCUGAGAGUAUCGAGACCUCUGGACCCAAUUGUGGUGAAUCUUUUGAUGAACAAACACAAAUGGUGGCCGACUCAGGAACUUCAGCCUUGGAACUAGAAAUUGAAUCCCAUGAAAAAGAAAAAAAGUCUUUUAUCCACCUUGGAGCUGUUUCUGUGGAGCGUUUUGGUUCGAGAGAAACUUUUAUUGAAACAGACAUGCAUUUAUAUGGUGGUAAAUUUCACCCUCAACUUUUGAGGUUAGAGUCUCGAGCUGAUAUAAAUAAGCAAGGUAACUCUGAAGCCGGAGAGGAGUAUAUGGCCCAAGAAAGAACCCACUCUGAUGCAUUGAGGCGUUUUGACAAGCUCACAUUACUAAAUACAGAUGUACAGGCAGGAUCCUGGUUGGACAACAUUAUUUGGGAACCAGGUCAAGACACAGUGAAACCAAAGCUAAUUUAUGAUCUUCAAGACAAACAGAUGCUUUUUGAAAUUCUGGAUAACAAGGAUAGCACACAUCUUCAGCUUCACGCUGGUGCAGUGAUAACUACCAGUUGUGUAAAGCCCAAUGUCCGCGAUGCUGUUGAGAUACUUCAUGCAGGUCCUACAAGACAUUUUAAUAUUGCCAAUGAUGAAUUUUAUUCCAACAGGAAAUCUUUACCGCAAUCAAAAUCACAUUCAAAGAAGCGCACUGCUCAUGCUCUCAAAGUUCUGCAUUCAAUUCCAGCUCUUAAGCUGGAGACUAUGAAGGCAAAGCUAAGCAAUAAAGAUAUUGCCAAUUUUCAUCGGCCUAAAGCCCUAUGGUAUCCCCAUGAUAAUGAGGUCGUGCUCAAGGGUCAAUGGAAGCUGCCUACACAAGGACCUACGAAAGUUAUAUUGAAGAGUUUAGGAGGAAAAGGAAGUAAGUUUCACGUAGGGUCUGAGGAAACUGUCUCUUCACUCAAGGCAAAAGCUUCAAAAAAGCUAGAUUUUAAACUCCCUGAACCAGUAAAGAUAUUUUACUCGGGUAGGGAGCUUGAAGACCAUAAAUCUCUUGCAGAACAAAAUGUUCAACCGAACUCCUUGCUACAUCUUGUUCGCACAAAAAUUCAAUUGUUGCCCAGGGCACAAAAGCUCCCGGGUGAGAACAAGUCUUUGCGUCCUCCUGGGGCUUUUAAGAAGAAAUCUGAUCUUUCCGUUAAAGAUGGUCAUGUUUUCUUGAUGGAGUACUGUGAGGAGAGGCCUUUGCUUCUAGGUAAUGUCGGAAUGGGUGCAAGAUUGUGCACCUACUACCAAAAAUCAACUCCAAAUGAUCAAACAGGCAUAUUGAUGCACAAUGACAAUAACAGAUCGGGGAGUCUCAUUGUACUUGAUCCUGCCGAUAAAUCACCUUUUCUGGGUGACAUAAAACCUGGCUGCAGCCAGUCUUCCCUCGAGACAAAUAUGUAUCGAGCUCCUAUAUUUCAGCAUAAAGUUUCAUCAACUGAUUAUCUAUUGGUACGCACUGCAAAGGGGAAGCUGUCUAUCAGGCGCAUUGACAGGAUUGAUGUUGUUGGACAACAGGAGCCUCACAUGGAGGUGAUGACUCCGGGAUCAAAAGGAGUCCAAGCAUACAUUAUGAACAGGCUAUCUGUAUACAUGUAUCGUAAAUUUCUGGCUGAUGAGAAGCGUGGUGUGCGGCCUGUUGUCCAUGCAGAUGAGCUGUCUGUGCAAUUUCCUAGCUUUUCAGAGGCUUUCCUUCGGAAAAGGCUUAGAAAUUGUGCUGAUAUGCAGAGAGGAUCAAAUGGACAGUUGGUUUGGGCUAUGAGAAGCAGUUUCCGCAUUCCAUCAGAGGAGGAAUUACGGAGGAUGGUGACUCCUGAAAUCGUUUGUGCAUAUGAAAGCAUGCAAGCUGGUCUAUACAGGCUCAAACGCUUGGGGAUUACCCGGCUAACUAACCCUUCAGGCCUUUCCGCUGCAAUGAAUCAGCUUCCAGAUGAAGCGAUUGCCUUGGCUGCUGCAUCACAUAUAGAGAGGGAACUGCAGAUAACUCCUUGGAACUUGAGCAGCAAUUUUGUUGCAUGUACAAACCAGGACAGAGGUAACAUUGAGCGUAUGGAAAUUACCGGGGUUGGAGAUCCCUCUGGACGGGGAUUAGGGUUUAGUUAUGUCCGUGCUAUUCCAAAAGCUCCCAUUUCAAAUGCAAUGACAAAGAAAAAAGCAGCUCUUACUAAAGGAUCAACUGUUACUGGAACAGAUGCUGAUCUACGUAGGCUGAGUAUGGAAGCUGCACGUGAGGUUCUCCUUAAAUUCAAUGUUCCAGAGGAGCAGAUUGCCAAACAGACUAGGUGGCACAGAAUUGCCAUGAUUAGGAAACUGUCAAGUGAGCAAGCUGCUUCGGGUGUAAAGGUUGAUCCCACAACAAUAAGUAAGUAUGCUCGUGGUCAACGCAUGUCCUUUUUGCAAUUGCAGCAGCAGACUAGGGAAAAAUGUCAGGAGAUAUGGGACCGGCAAGUCCAAAAUCUUUCUGUUGUCGAUGUGGAAGAGAACGAGAGCGAUGCUGAGGCCAACAGUGAUCUAGAUUCUUUUGCGGGAGACCUAGAGAAUCUUCUUGAUGCAGAGGAAUGUGAAGAGGACGAUGAGGGUGUGUGUGACUUAAAGCAUGACAAAUUAGAUGGUGUCAAGGGAUUAAAGUGUAGAAGGCGUUCGUUUCAAGCUCAGCUCGAAGAGGAAAUUGAAGAUGAAGCUGUUGAAGCUGCAGAGUUGUGCAGGAUGCUCAUGGAUGAUGAUGGUGCUGAUCGAAAGAAGAAGAAAAAGGAAAAAUUUGUUGGUGAGCGAGUUGGAUUGGCUCCUGAGGUACAAUCACGGUUUGUUAUGGAAAAUGCUGAACGUGGGAAGAAUAUUGGUGUGUCUACAAAACCAGUCAUCAAACCCGAAGGGUUGAAUGCAUUUAAAGACGAUAUUUCUGUGGAUCUGAUAGAGGUUGAUGAUGGUUUACUUGCCAAAAGGAACUUUUUUAGCAAGAUGAAACCAAAGAAAAAAUUUGAUCUUCCAGAGAGUGGGUUAGUAAAAAAGAGAGUUAAAAUACUUGCUGAAGGAAUUCAGAAUGUCAAGGAGAAAAAGUCAGCCAGAGAGACUUUUGUAUGCGGAGCUUGUGGUCAGCUUGGCCAUAUGCGAACUAACAAGAACUGUCCCAAGUAUGGAGAGGAUGUUGAAAGCCUAGAUCCAGAAAAAGCAUUGGUGAAAUCUAGUUCAACUGAGCGUGCGGAUACCCCUCUUCUACAGAAGCCCCUGUUGAAGAAGAUCAUACAAAGAAGCGCAACAAAAAUUGCAGUGGUUGAGGCAGCUCAAGAGGAAGAAAAGUCUGGUAGCUCGAAGGCUAAAGUCCUUAAGUUCAAAUAUGGGUCAAUGGAAAAAAUCUCUGAUAAACCUACUACCACUACAUCCCUGAGUUCUGACAAACCUGUUGCGUCAGAUGGAGAAACUGGAUCCAAAUCGGUGGUUAAGAUCAAUAGGUUAAAGUUUUCUCAUAAUAAUACUGAUAACAAUAUGAUUCCCCCUGAAGAUUCUGCAGGCGCUGAAUCACGCAAACCUUGCAUUCUAAUAAAACCACCAAAUGAGGCACACAAGAAAAUUGUUAUCAAACAAUCAAAAGACUCCUCUAAUGUAGAGGAAGUCAGCCAAGAAGGAAGCGGCAGGUCUGAACGCAGGAAGAUGAAAAAAAUGGUUGACUUGUCAUAUUUUGAUAUGCAAACGGAGCGGGUAAAUUAUCACAAUUUUCCGGAAGAGGCAUCAAGGAGGAAAAGUACGCAGAGUAAGCAUAAGCUAUGGGAAGAGCAAGAGAGGAGGAGAGUCGAGAGGGAAGAGAGAAUGUUGUAUGAGCAACAACAUAAGGCAUUUGAAGAGCAGGAAAGGUUGGCUGAACUUAGAAGAUAUGAAGAUAGUUUAAGGAAAGAGAGGGAAGAAGAAGAGGAAGGUCGAAAGGCAAAGAAGAAGAAACAACUUUUGCAAAGACCAAUUAUCAGGAACAAUUACUUGGAUGAUUUCCCUCCCAUGAAACAACAUGACAGAAGAGUACUGGACAGAGAUAGAUUAGCAAAACGCAGACCCGAGAUUGAUUUGGGGGGGAGGCAUAGCAUAGACUAUACUCCUUCCUCCAAGCGUAGAAGACUAGGAGAGGUUGGGUUGUCAAAUAUAUUGGAGGAAAUCGUAGAGACCUUGAAGGGAAGGGUAGAGGUCUCAUAUCUCUUCCUAAAACCAGUGACUAAAAAAGAGGCUCCAGACUAUCAUAAGUAUGUAAAGUGCCCUAUGGAUUUAUCCACCAUUCGAGAAAAGGCAAGGAAGUUGGAGUACAAAAACCGUCAUCAGUUCAGGCAUGACAUGGCACAGAUUGUCAUCAAUGCACAUCUGUACAACGAUAACCGCAAUCCGGGUAUCCCUCCCCUUGCUGACCAGCUUUUGGAGAUAUGUGACUUCAUGCUGAUGCAGAAUGAUGCUUUAUUGUCUGAAGCAGAAGCGAGCAUAGAUGCUAAUACUUAAGUGAAGGAAGCCUGUUACUACAUGGAUAUAACUUGUCUGUUGUAUGUAAUUUGACCAUCUCUAACUUUAGGCGUGUAAAGGACACGGUGGAAGGACUCCUGGAUAGAUCCCAGCCACUUGGAUUGCCUUGCAGAAGAAGUUGUUCUGAACGCAUUGUUCUGAUGGCCCCUGAGUGAGCGGCCACAAGGCGUACCUGACAAACUGAAUCCGCCAUGUAACCACUAUUCUGAUCCGUUAGUAAUGUUUAGUUCUGAUAACCUCCACCCCCACCCAACGUCUAUUGUUAAAAGUGGUUUAUUUAGCUCACACCCAGAAUAGGUGGUUUGAACUCGGUCUUUUGGCUUAAACAGCCCUUACAGCUGGGCUCUAAAUGCCAAAUAACAAGUCUAACAUCAAGAAUUUCAAAUGGGAGAAGUGGGGGUACUCUUCUCCUACACAUGGAUAAGGCGUCCUAGCUCCUAUGUGGAACCAUAACAAGCCUGCCUGAUAAUUGGACUGCUUGAGUGAGGUCACUUUUAGGCAUUGAGACCAAUUUUCAAUCUCAACUGACACAUUUCUAUUGGAGUGUCCGGAAUCCGGAUGAAGGUGAGCUGUUGGUGCUUAGCUUGAUCCUGUUGUUGAAUGAGUUUCUUCGGGCCCACACAGUAGCGGGCCGGUCCGGUUCCAGGCCGGUUGGCCCGGCCCGAGUCCACCCCUAGUGUAUCCGUUCAGUUUUGGACAUUUAGAUUCAAAGAUUAUUUUUUCCUUUUCUUUCAAACAUACCAAAAAAGAGUCCCAAUAGGUGAAUACUAACACUCCAAACGUGAAAAUUUGGACAAAAGAAAUUCAAUUAUAUUAUUUAUUGAUGACA